UUAAAAUAAAAAAAUAUCUAAGACUCUAUUUUUUUUAUGGAAAUUAUUUAUCUUUAACGAUGUUACGAUCGUGUUCUUUUCGUAAGCAUAUAGUGAAGAAAUUCAUUCGCUAAUUCAGUUCUGCUAUUGGUCAAUGAAAAAUAUCCGUUUCGUUAUUGGAUGCAAAUAAAAGAAGAUAUCUUUAAUUCAGUAGUGAAAAAGAUACGAGAUUUGUUUUCAAAUAUUUGAAACACUUUUAUUGAGACAGAUUAUAUGACAUCUUUUAGUUAUUAACAUCGUAGUCAAAAUAAGAUAUAUUUAACGUAUUUUUGUGUGUGUGAAUUGAUCCCCUUUUUAUACCGCAUUAAUAUUAAAACAUGUGUAAAUAAGGUUAACUCAUCAGAGAUUACUUAUAUUUUGUGAUGUCUAUUUUAAUCCUACUACUUCUCUGCAAUAAUAACACAUGAAUAUACUACAUAUUUCAAUAAUAUUAUAUUAUAACAUAGAAUGUCUAUUACAAUUUUAAAAUGUCUAGAAAUUGGUUAUAUCAAUUUCUCUAAUGCUUAGUGAAUACAAUGAAAAGUAAAAUGCCACAAUUUCGGAGGAAAAAAUCGGGGAAAUCUUUUCCAGUGAAAGUUUCUACCUUGGAUGCAGAAUUGGAAUUUAAUUUAGAAUGGAGAUCUACAGGAAGAGAUUUGUUUGAUUUAGUGUGCCGUACUAUUGGACUUAGGGAAACAUGGUAUUUUGGUCUUCAAUACGAAGAUUCUAAAGGAUUUAUAUCUUGGUUGAAGUUAGAUAAAAAAGUACAAGAUCAAGGCAUUUCACAACAACCCACUACUCCUUUUAUGUUUCUGGCUAAAUUUUAUCCCGAAGAUGUGUCUGAAGAAUUGGUACAAGAAGUUACACAACAUUUAUUCUUCCUUCAAGUGAAACAAGCUAUUUUGUCGAUGGAUAUUUAUUGUCCUCCAGAAGCUUCUGUUUUACUUGCUUCGUAUGCUGUACAGGCAAAGUAUGGGGACUAUGAUGAAGUUUCAUACCGCCCAGGAAUGCUGGCCAGUGAAGAUCUGCUUCCACAAAGAGUCAUAGAUCAAUAUCAAAUGACUGCUGAAAUGUGGGAAGAUAGAAUUAAAAUUUGGUAUGCUGAUCAUCGUGGAAUGUCUAGAGACGAGGCUGAAAUGGAAUACCUUAAAAUUGCUCAAGAUCUGGAUAUGUAUGGUGUGAAUUAUUUUCCUAUUAGUAACAAAAAGGAAACAAAUUUGUGGCUUGGUGUAACAGCAUUGGGACUAAAUAUCUAUGAAAAGGAAAAUAAGCUCGCUCCUAAAACUACAUUUACGUGGUCUGAAAUUCGACAUAUUAGCUUCGAUGAUAAGAAGUUUGUCAUUAAACCAGUGGAAAAGACAUCGCCAAACUUCGUGUUCUUCUCGCAGAAAGUUCGCAUGAAUAAACUGGUAAAAAAACAGUCAGAUGUUGCCAGCUGGGUGAAGGGUUUGAUAGCUUUAGGGUUGGACGAACAUAAUAGUGACGAAGGUGCUCACAUAUUAUUUGUUAAGAUCCUGGACCUGUGUAUUGGCAACCAUGAUCUAUUUAUGCGAAGACGCAAGCCUGACUCCAUGGAGGUACAGCAGAUGAAGGCUCAAGCCAAAGAAGAGAAGUCACGGAGACAGGUUGAAAGAAAUAAGUUGGCAAGAGAAAAGCAGUUAAGGGAAGCUGCUGAAAGAGAAAAGGCUGCUAUGGAACAACGCCUUUUACAGUAUCAAGAAGAAAUUCGUUUAGCGAAUGAAGCUCUUAGAAGAUCCGAAGAGACAGCAGAUCUUUUAGCUGAGAAGAGUCGGGUUGCAGAAGAGGAAGCAAUGCUCCUUAGUCAAAAAGCCUCAGAAGCUGAACAAGAAAUAACACGAAUUCGGUUAAACAAUAUGAAAGCUGAAGAAGAGAAGGUACAUUUAGAACGAAAGACUAGGGAAGCGGAAUUAUUGACCGAAAGACUGGUACAAGAAUCAGAGAGAAGAGCUGCAGAGGCAGAAAAAUUGAAAGAUGAAUUGUUAAGAGCACGCAUUGCUGAAAAAGAAGCUAAAGAAAAACUUUUAGAAUUUCUUAGUAGAAAUGCUUAUACUGCUGCUAUAACACCCGUUCCAAAUCUGUUCCCUUCGACACAAGUAUUUACAUCAGAUUUACAAGCGGAUCUUCAAAAUUUGCAAUUAGAUACUGAACCUUUACCAUCCGAUUUAACCUCGUAUGAUCUUAUUGCUGAUGGUGAUGUAGAUCAAUUAUCAUUAGAGAUAGAGAAAGAACGAGUUGACUAUUGGGAGAAGAGUAAACAUUUACAAGAACAGUUAAGAGAAUUGCGAUCUGAAAUAGAAGUAAUGAAAGUUGGUGAAAAACAGUGCGAAUUUGAUCAGUUACAUGAGGAACAGAUGAGACUUGGAGAAAAUAAAUAUAGUACAUUAAAAAAAGUUAAAUCAGGUUCUACUAAAGCUAGAGUUGCUUUCUUUGAAGAAUUAUAAUAUAAAAGAAUAUAAAAGAUCUGUGUUAUACAAAAUAUAGGGAUUAACGAUUUUGAAUGUUAUUAAGAAAACAUUCAUUUUUGUUCUUAUAUUUGCAUAUUUCUAUAGCUAAAAAAAAAAAACAAUGAGAAAAGGCUAUGUAUAUGUAUUCAUGUCAUGCAUUCAUAUCAUUUUUCUAAUGAUCAUUAAGCUACUGAAAUUUGUGUUAACAUAUGCCGAUUAUCGGAUUAUAUUUUUAUGAAUUUAUUAAUGACGAACUCUCUUAAUAAUAAUUUUAAAGUUUUAAAACUUUUAUCUUGGAAGAUGAAAGAACAAUAUUAUGUACUUUCUCUGAUUUAUAUGUUUUU